AUGGCUGGAGGAGCUCCACGUCUUCUUGGUUCCAACGGACGUUUAAUACAUUACCAAUUUAGUCGCAAAUCAAGUUUUCUGUCACCAAGGUUUACUUCAAAAUCUGUCUCAAAGUUUGCAGAUUACACCGGAUAUUCUGUGAUAUUUUGCAAACUUUAUGCAAAUGGAAGGGAAGUUUUGGUUGCUGGUGCCCCAGUUGCAGACUUGAGAAGAGGCACUGUUGAAAUCUACAAGCAGACCACUAAAUUUUCUAUUCUUGAUGAGCUCAAGAACCCAACAAAGCAAAUAGGAUCAUAUUUUGGAAGUUCCUUGGCAGUAGCAGAUGUUAAUGGUGAUGGAUAUCAAGACCUCCUGGUUGGAGCACCGUAUUAUUACACUAGCAUAGAGGAGGGUAUCGUCAUUGUUUACAUCAACAACAAAAGGGGCAACUUGGAUUUAUCGCCUGUUAAGUUGAGCGGCGAUGCCGGGCCAAGAGGUAGAUUUGGGAUGUCGAUGGUCGGUGCAAGAGACCUGAACAAUGACGGGUAUGAAGAUGUAGCAAUUGGAGCUCCAAAUGGAGGAGUUGACGGCAGAGGUGUUGUUUACAUCUAUGAAGGAUCAAGAAAUGGGUUGUCAAACCAGUAUUCUCAGAAAAUUGUUCCCUCGGAGUUUGGCCUCGUUGGAUUGUCAUUGACGGCAUUUGGAAGCUCUUUAUCCGGAGGGCUUGAUAUGGAUGAUAAUGGAUAUUCAGAAGUUACAUAUGAAUACAUCAUUGAUGAAAAGCUCCUGGAUAAUAAAAAGCGUGGUGUUUUUGUUGAAAACUCAGUGCCAAAAUACAGGCUUUCAAAAAGGCUUCACAUAUACCAUCGUGUCUGUGUUGAUCAUCUGGUCUAUAUGGAAAAAGCUCCGGAUAAUAUUGAUGACCCGGUGGUAUUUAAGGCAACCUUCAAGUACCAAGCUGCAACUAGUUGCAAGCUAUGUCCAAUAAUGAGGGAUACAUCGGCAAAAGCUUUGGCAACGUAUUCAAAAAAUUGUGGGACUGACAUGAUUUGUGGUGCAGACCUAAAAGUCAUGGCAAAAAUCCGCCUUCCUCACAACAAAACAGAAAUUCACGCUGGUGUUACAGAGAAUUUUAGUUUCGAAAUACUUGUGAAAAAUUACGGCGAGAAUGCAUUUCUUACGAAGAUAACUACACUUAUUCCAAGGCAAUUAUCGAUUAUAGGUGUCCACAACCUAAAGGAAAAAUUCGCAUUUCUUGAUUGGAACUUCGAAUAUUUUAAUGAGACACACAACCAGUUAGCACUUGAUGCUGGAAAUCCUAUUGGCAACUUAGAAGAGGAGCACUUUGAAGUCAGAUUAACAGCUAAGAGUCUUCACACUGUCGUUGAUUACUUGAGUUUUCAUGUGAAUGUCACAACAAAUAGCGAAGAAAACAAUAUAGCAGACAAUACAGUUGUAGUGAAUGCCAAUGUUGUUUUGGUUGCAGACAUGACCAUUUCAGGGGUAGCAAUUCCAGAGCGAGUAAUAUAUAGCAACUCUAGAUCUGCAAAAGACAUUGGCACUUUUAUACUCCAUUCAUUUUUGAUACAGAACAAAGGCCCAAGCACAGUUGACAAUUCCAGGGUGGACAUUUAUUUUCCUGAGAAAGUGGAAAAUGAUUACAUUCUGAAUUUGAUUUCAAUAACGGCUGAAGGACCUGUUAACUGUUACGUCAAUGAUUCAUCUUACAAUCCUCUUGGACUUCAGCUGAAUCUGCCAACUGGCAAUGACAGAAAGCAAACCGUGAACAGAAGGAAACGCCGUUCAAUUAAAGACAAAGUGGAUUGUCUCACAGGCCAGUGUCAGGUUUUCAAGUGCGAUUUAGGGAGAAUGGCGCGUGGAGAGAGCGUAACUAUCAAAAUAAACUCAAGUCUUGUUGAAUCAACAUUCGCAAAGAAAUUAAAAAGAGAUACUUAUGUUGUGGUUCGAGCAGUUGUUGUUUCGGAGUCGAUAAGGCAGCCUCGUUUGAACUUUCCAGACAGUAGCGAGCCACUUUUAACAGUCCUGUCUCCAGGAAGAUCUGUUGAUGUCAAGGGAACAAUUCCGUGGUGGAUUAUACUGAUUUCUAUAAUUGCUGGUUUGGUUCUAGUAGCUGGAGUUGUUUUUGUACUUUACAAGAGUGGAUUUUUCAAUCGUAAGAAAAAGGAUUACUCCUUCAGCUCAGUGGCGGAUUUUCCAGAUGACUAA